GCAAGAGGACAACCACUUGAAAAGUCCCUUCAUUGCCUGGAAACACUCUUUCUCUCUUUUCGGGAGGUGAAGAAAGGACUACCCCAACAUUUUGUGCACCCCUGCCUUGGGAAAAGAACUAUCCCCAGAAUGGUUUGUUUCAGAAGAUUGUUUCAGCAGUGGAGUUUGGCAGUGUUCUUGCUGUGCUCUCCUGUACCACACUAUGGAAGACCAAUUGAUGCUCUCAGUAACAGAAUGAAGCGGUCCGUGACCCACGCCCAGCUGAUGCACGACAAGGGCCGGACGCUGCAGGACUUCAAGCGGCGCAUGUGGCUGCAGGAGCUGCUGGAUGAGGUGCACACGGCGGAGGCGCGGGAGCUGCCAGGGCGCAGCGGGGGCAGCAGCGGGGCCGUCAGCAGCAGCAGCGGCGUUAGCAGCAGCAGUACUGGCGGCAUUAGCAUUAGCAGCAGCAGCAGCAGUGGGGGGAGCACCCUUCACCCCAAGCCCGCCGGCAGCACCAAGAACUACCCCAUAGGCUUCCGAGUGGAGGAGGAAGGCACCUACCUGCCCCAGGAGACCAACAAGUCGCAGACCUACAAGGACCAGCCGCUGAAGGUGGCCAGCAAGAAGAAGAAGAAAGGGCGGUCCGGCAAGCGCCGGGAGAGCGAGAAGAAGAAGAGGAGGGCGCGCUCGCUCGGGGGCGCCUGGGAGCAUGGGAGCGGCCUCCACCCGGAGUGGCGGCCAUACCUCAGCCUGCUGGAAGCGCUGCACUAAGACACUGUCAGACUCUGACAAAGGUA